AUGGAAAACAAUCUCUUCUUCAAUGCCUCUAAGUGUAAAGUCCUCACCGUCACACGAAAGAAAACGCCUAUCAUCUACGAAUACACCCUUGGGACCGAAAAGCUAACUCGGGUUGACCAUGAAAAGGACCUUGGUAUUACGACAACUACAAAACUCUCAUGGAAACUACACAUAAACACCAUUGUUGCGAAGGCCAACAAAAUGUUAGGUAUACUUAAAAGAACUUGUACUAGUAUUACAGACAUGAACACCCGGCGAACUUUGUAUCUGUCACUUGUGAAGUCCCAGUUGUUGUAUGCUUCGGAGGUGUGGUCACCGCUUAACAACGUUCAGCUAUCAAGACAAGUAGAGAAAGUCCAACGGAGGGCAACCAAGUGGAUACUAAUGAACAGAGAGAUGCCUUACAAAGAACGGCUGUCGUCGUUAAACCUGCUACCAUUAAGUUACGAUAGAGAAAUGAAGGACUUAACAUUCUUUUAUAAAGCUUUAUUUGGUUUUACAAACGUGAACUUGAGUAACUAUGUGUCGUUUGUCAGCCAUGGUCGUACUCGAUUGAGUCUUUCCUCUGAGUAUAUCCUUCAAAACCCACUGUGUAAAACUACCACUUUUCAAUCCUCCUACUACAACCGUAUUGUCAAUAUCUGGAACACUGUAUCUCAAGAAGUAUCUCUUGACAGUUUCUCUAGACCUAGUUCUUUUAAAUGUUAUCUCAAGCAAAAAUAUUCAAACUUAGUUAACUCUAUUUACGACGUAGACGUGUCUUGCACGUGGUCUUUGACUCGGGACUGUCCUUGCCACAGGUCCUAA